AUGUCUUGUGGCAUGUGGUCGCUUGCGGCUGCGUAUCAUGUCUUGUGGCAUGUGGUGCGUCAAGCACAACAUGGCAGGGCGUUGCGUGAGACUGAGAGAGACGAAGCCCUCGAGGACCAGGAGCUUGGUCGCGUGCGUUGUGUGCAAGAGAUCCAAGGUCAAGUGCGACGAGGGCCGACCCUGCUCCGCUGCAGGCGUCUGGAGAAAGCGGAGCAGUGCGUGUACGAAGACAUGGAGCUGAUAGUCACGGACGACGGGAUGCGAGAGGUGGAGCAAGCAGACCUUGCACUGGCGCAUGAGAGGAGGCGGAUGGGAGAGCUGCGGGUGGAGAGACCGCUAGACUUCUGGAUCCGAAGCGUGUCGUUCGACAAGCCGUCAGCGCUGCGGGAGCAGAUGAACUCGAUGGGGUGGCCGGAUCGCGUGCUGGCGAGGCACUGGGAGUUCGGCUUCAGCGCGAAGGAGCUCAUGAAAAUCUUUGUCUGUCUUCCUCCCUACCUGCAGCAGGUAACGCGACGAGCGCUGCAUGCGGUAGAGAUCAUCAUGGCAGACAAGAUCGAGAAGCAGAGUCGGAGAGUGGAGGACCACCUGCUGAUGGGGGGAGGCGAGACGGAAGUGAAGCCAGACUUGGAGGUAGACCGAGCAUUCUACGACCAGCAGACCUUUGGGUUGAUCAAGCAGCAUCUGCAUCCGUCGACGGGGCAGCGGGCCCAUGUGUUUGUCUCGGACAAGACAUGCAAGCUAGUCGGGCUACAUGUGGAGGAGAUGCUGGCGAGGUUAGCGAACAGAGAGCUGUCACUAAUGAGCACGGAGUUUUCCUACUUCUGCUACGUGAUGUUCGGCACCUGGUCCUUCGCAGUCAGGCCGGGGCAGCCGAUGACUUUGUUGUUAAGACUUCGAAAUUUCAGCAACGAGAUGGGGGCAGGGUGUGCGUUCACACGGGUAAUUCAGCAGCAGGAGUUCGAUAGCUACGGCAGGGUGAAGGCUAUGAAGACAUUCCUUGUACCGGUGGAGCGGGGGGAGUACGAGUCAGCUGUGAUGCCGUGGGAGGGUUCGAGUACGAGAAUACAGAUGCACUUGAACGCUGGACGAGACUACGAGGCAUGGAAGAGCGACUUCGUGUCAGACUUGUACGCGGACGAGACGAUCAUUGGCAUGCAGAAGUCGAGGGAAGGGAUGCAGCGGCUGUACGCACUAGCGGAGGAUCUUGAGAGGAUGUACCAGCCGUUCCUGGAGCUGGCGGAGAAGAUCCUGCAUGAGAGGAUGGGGCAAGAGACUGGGAGACCGUGGGUGGGAAGCGACUGCAAUGCGAUGGGGGGGGAGAGAGAGGAGAGGAGGACAGAGGUGUGA